GGCCGGCGGCCGGGCCCGCUCCUCCCCGUCCUGCUGCCUCCGCGCCGAGAGCCCCAGCUUGGUGGUGACACCCCGCGUGGACGUGGGCCCCGGCGGCGGCUCCGUUUUCCCUGAACGCUCAGCUGCCCUCUGCGGAGCACGUCCUGGCCUCUAGGGGCCAAGACCCGUGAGUGGCCUGGUCCAGGCCAUGGCUCUGGGCCACGUGAGGCCCAAAGCUCCACAGAGGUCCCAGGACCUGCUUUUUAAUGGACUAGGGCCCCACUGGACAGGCCUUUGUAACUAAAUUCUCUUCACUCCCAACUCCCUCCUGAGGCAAGGCGAGAUUCCAGGAAAAGGUCAGCCUGGGUAAGUCUCCCCAGUAACUGCGGAGGCCCAGGCCCCAGAAGGGUCCUCCUCCAGCCUGCGAUGUAGCCUCCUCGUUCGGGGUAAACUGAGGCACAGAGCGAGCAGAGCCCACGGCCACGGAGUGUGGCUAAGCAGACAUGAUUGAUGCGUGUAAUUCAGCAUGUGUCAGAUAGAAACCCCCAAACCCCUAGAAAUACUAAUCCGAUUACCUCAAAUUAAUUCUAAAGAGACCUUGGCGGGAAGAGCGGCUCGGACCUUUUCCUACCUCCGCCUGGGUGGGGGGCUCCUGACUGUGGAGGGGAACGCGGCCUGGCGCUGCGGGGCCGGAGUCAGGUCCGGGAGGGAGGCUGGGAGUCGCUGCCUCCCUCUGCGUCCCACCCAUCAUACUGGUCACUGCCGGGGUCAUGUCAGUGGCAGAGGACGGUCUGACAGACCUUCCGGGUGUUCUUGGGCCCUGCUUGGAGCCGGGGGCCCGGCAGGGCUCCUCCGUGGGAAGGAGGCUGGGUUGGCAGGAGCUGCCCUCCCCCACCCGGUGCUGCUCCCUCGGGGCAGGCCCGGGCAGUUCGCCAGGUCCCUGGCUGCCUCGGGCCAAGCUUCCUUCUGUGGCGACAGGCUUGGCGACUUCGCUCUCAACGCCCCCUGGCAUCUCUCCUCCCUCAUCCCUGUGCCUCAGGCAGGAACCCCAGUGACAGGGGCCGUGGGGAGGGUAGGGGUGGCCUGGCACCUGAGGCCAGAGCUGUCCCCGAGGCGCCGGGGGGCCAAGCCCCUCCUGGGUGGGAGCCCGAGCAGCGCGGGAGCAGGGCUGCCCCAGCGGAGGGCCGCCUCCCGCCCUCCCAACGCCGGUGGUCCCAGCCCCAGCCGCUUAAUCCACUGCCAGGCUUGGCGUCAGCAGCAAGGCCGGCAGAGAGCCGAACAGCCAUUAGCCGCAUCGGUCCUCACUUUCCAGGUCAGGCACUGGCUGGACCCUCCGCGGGCCGCAUGCCAGGCCCUCCGGAGGGUGGCCCUGGGAGGCCUGGUCUGGCCGCAGCCAUCCUUCAGCAUGGUCGGGUGGGGACCCAGGUGCUCCUGGCCUGCCCCUCGGAGGCGGCCACUCGGGAAAGUCCGUGGUCAGGACAUCCUGCCCAUGGGAGCCGAGGUCGGGGGCCGCUGGGAGCUCGGGACCGAUGGGGCCCGUGCUCCCCGUGGGUGCCCUGCUGGCCGGGACCCAGCGCAAGGCCUGCAGAGCUCAGUGCACCCCCGAACUGGCUGAAGGAACCGACAGACUGAGCUGAGGGCACUGGGGGGGGGCGGCGCCCAGCAGAGGCUCGGUCCGGGAGACCGUGCCCGAUGACCAGGGGUGGUGUGAGGGUCUGUGGGUCACCACCUUGCGGAUGGCAGCUUUCAGAGCUCCUUCUGUCCCAAACUGGCACCUGCAUCCACUCUGCUUCCCAGAGGGUGACCUGGGCCCAGAUGUCUGGUCCUUCUUCCCCUGUGGCCUCAUCACAAAAGACCCUUAAAGGUCCCAGUCGAGCUUUGGGGUGUUAAAUAUGGGGGGCAGGGGAGGGGAAAGGUCUGGUGACGGGCCAGUGAGGCCUGCUGCUGGGUCUGCUCCCUCGGCCUUUGUCUUGGGCCCUCCUGCCCUGCAAGGGCGCCCAAAGCCAGCGACCCCCUAGCCCUGGGCCUCACACCGACCUGCCGACCAGACCUGCUGCAUGAGCUCUGGCGGCCGAGAUCCCCGCGGACUGGAGCCGAGAAACCAGAACUGCGACUUCUCUGUGUGGGAAAACCUACCCGGAACUGAAUGGCCAGUGCCCCUGCUGUAAUUGUGGUAAAAAUGUUUCUUAAGUGACCCAAAUCUGCUUUGAUUUCUCCUAAUGGUCCCUUCAGAGUACUAAUGAAACCAAUGCUGUGUCAUAAAACAAAAUUAAAAGAUUCUACCACGACUGCUACUGUGGCCCCGGGCUGGACACUCAUGGGGAACUGUGCGUUUUCAUCACAAGGUAGCAAUAAAAAAACUGGCACGUC